UGCUCCUUUCGCUGCUCUCGCUUCUCCGCUGUCGCCGGGAUUCACCCUCCCUCUUUUUCUUUCUUUCUUUCCGCUUUCUCUUUUCCAACUGCGUCCCGGGCAGCUCCCUGGGAGGGGCGCAGGCGGCGGAGCAGCUUGCAAACUCCGGCCAGGACCGGCGCAGGUGCCGCUUCCGUCUGUUAGUCCCUGGAAAGCUGUGAUUGGCGCGAGGGCUUCUUCCUUUACUGCUGGUUCUGCACUGGAGACACGGGGCAGGAAGCCCCCUUCCCAUCACCCCUGUUAAUGCCACCUGUGCCACCCGCCACCCAUGUCAUGGCAACCUCAUGAACCAGGUCAAGAGUCAACUGGCACAGCUCAACGGCAGUGCCAACGCCCUCCUUAUUUGCUAUUACACCACCCAAGGGGACCCAUUUAUCAAGCACCCAGACAAGCUGUGCGCAGCCAACACGACAGAUUUCCCGCUUUUCCACGCCAAUGGGACAGAGAAGAGCAAGUUGGUGGAGCUGUAUCGGAUGGUUGCGUACCUUAGUACCUCCAUGGGCAAUGUCACCCGGGAUCAGAAGGACCUGAACCCCAAUUCCCAGAGCAUCCAGGGCAAGAUCAACGCUACUAUCGACAUUAUGAGGGGGCUCCUCAACAACGUGCUGUGCCGCCUGUGCAACAAGUACCACGUGGGCCGCGUGGAUGUGACGUAUCCUCCCGACACCUCCAACAAACUGGACUUCCAAAAGAAAAAGUUUGGCUGCCAGCUCUUGGGGACGUACAAGGAAGUGAUUGGCGCGGUAGCCAAGGCUUUCUAGACAGGAGGUCUUGAGUGUGCCAUGGACCGAGGGAUCUCUGUAGUGGGAUCCAGUGUGGGGAGGGGGGUUCUCAAAAUGUGCCAGGAUUCAGGGCAUUGUUAAAUGCAAAAGAGGGGGCUGCUGGCAGACCCCAGGGAUCUCCAGCCACUCACUACACUCUGGGUUGGGCUGUGAUGGAAACUUCCACAGGCAGGGCCUCCAGACAGCUCAGCACCAGCUAGAAAUGGCAACAAGGGUGUUGGGACUGAGGGGGUGACGUGUGGGUGCGAUUUCUGUCCCACUACCUCACUCAGCCCUUUGCUCACCUGGUGUGUGAACAAGCUGCUGCAGUUCUCUUCAGCAGACAGCAAAGGUCUAGGGAGUCUCCUGGCCCCCUGCAGAGUGACUGCCAUCUGGGCCUUUGCUGUCCCUUAGAGAGACUUCAGAAGGCUUGGUUGGGAUGCGGGCAGGCCAGGGGGACUGGGAUCCGGAAGGAC